AUGAGUAAAGUAUUAAAUAUAAUUUUGGGCAAUGUUCAAUCAACUCAAGAUUUAUAUUCCUCCUUAUUAGUUAAUCGAAUCUGGUGUAAAGUCACUAUAUCUAUACUUUGGGAAUCAGCUUUGGAUCAAGAAUGUUAUGGAGUAAGUUAUUAUGAGUCGAAGAAGAAAGCAUUAUGUAUUCGAACCUAUAUAUCAUGUAUGGACACUCAAGCUAGAACUUUACUUACUCAAAAUGGAUAUGAUUUAUCAUCAUAA